UCUGGUUCCGGGUCCGAGUCUGAGUCUGAGUUUGAAUCUGUAUCUGCCUUUGGGCUGGGCUGGAGCCCGCAGCCCCCCGCCCGCGCCAUGUUUGUGACCGACUUUCGCCGGGAUUUCUACGACGUGAUUCAGACGGAGCGAGUUCUCCUAUUUGUUGCUUCUGAUGUUGAUGCAUUAUGUGCCUGCAAAAUUCUUCAGGCCUUGUUCCAGUGUGACCAUGUCCAAUACACUUUGGUUCCCGUUUCUGGGUGGCAGGAACUUGAAACCUCAUUUCUGGAACACAAAGACCAGUUCCACUAUUUUGUUCUCAUAAACUGCGGGGCCAAUGUCGACCUCUUAGAUGUCCUCCAGCCCGAAGAGGAUAGGAUUUUCUUCAUUUGUGAUACCCACCGGCCUGUCAAUGUUGUGAAUGUUUACAAUGACACCCAGAUAAAGCUGCUCAUUAAACAAGAUGACGACCUGGAAGUCCCUGCCUACGAUGACAUUUUCAGAGACGACGAAGAUGAGGAUGAGGAUGAGGACGAUGAAGAAAAGUCAGGCAAUGAGAGCGAAGGCUCGGAGCCUUCUGGAAAGCGCACUCGGUUUGAAGAGGACGUGAUCGAACGGACAAUGAAGAGGAGGCAGCGAAGAGAGUGGGAGGCCCGCAGGAAAGAAAUCCUCUUUGACUAUGAGCAGUAUGAAUACCACGGGACCUCAUCAGCCAUGGUGAUGUUUGAUUUGGCCUGGGUCAUGUCCAAGGAUCUCAAUGACAUGUUAUGGUGGGCCAUCGUUGGACUGACCGACCAGUGGAUACAAGACAAGAUCACUCAAAUGAAGUACGUGACGGAUAUCGGGAUUCUGCAGCGUCACGUGUCCCGCCAUAAUCACCGCAGGGAAGAUGAUGAGAACUCGCUCUCCAUUGACUGCAUGAGGAUCGCCUUUGAAUACGACUUGCGCCUAGCCUUGUACCAGCACUGGUCUCUCUAUGAUAGCCUCUGUAACACGUGUUACACAUCAGCCAGGUUCAGGCUUUGGUCCGUCCAGGGCCAGAAGCGGCUUCAGGAGUUUCUGGCAGACAUGGGGCUCCCGCUAAAGCAGGUUAAGCAGAAGUUUCAGUCCAUGGAUGUCUCCUUGAAAGAGAACCUGCGGGAAGUCCUUGAAGAGUCUGCAAACAAAUUUGGGAUGAAGGACAUGAGGGUGCAGACUUUCAGCAUCCACUUUGGGUUCAAAAACAAGUUCCUGGCCAGUGAUGUGGUCUUUGCCACCACUUCCUUGCUGGAGAGCAUUGAGAAGGACGCCUCGGGGACGGACAACUUCAUCAGGGCUUUGGACAGUCUGUCCAGGGGUAACCUGGAGCAGCUCUACCAAGGCCUGGAGCUGGCCAAGAAGCAGCUGCGAGCCAUCCACCAGACCGUGGCCAGUUGCAUCUGCACCAACCUCAUCAUCUCCCAGGGACCUUUCCUCUACUGCUCCCUCAUGGAGGGCACGCCGGAUGUCAAGCUCUUCUCCAAGCCGGCGUCACUAGGCUUGCUCAGCAGAUAUCUGCUACAGUCCUUUAUUUGUUCAACCAAGAAUAAGCGCUGUAAGCUCUUGCCAUUGGUGAUGGCGGCCCCGAUGAGUGUGGAACAUGGCACCAUGAUCAUGGUGGGGAUCCCCCCUGAGACGGAGAGCUCCGACAAGAAGAACUUUUUCGGGAGGGCAUUUGAGAAGGCCGCAGAGAGCACAAGCUCCAGAACCCUGCACAAUCAUUUUGAUCUGUCUGUCAUUGAGCUGAAGGUGGAAGAUCGAGGCAAGUUCCUGGACGCCCUGAUUUCUCUGCUCUCCUGAGGCUCCUGGAAUCCUUCCAAAGUGAUUUCCUACAUUCACCUGGAUUGUAAAUACUGGCUACACGUUUGGGAUGCUUUUAUAGACUGUAAAUUAUUAACAAGAUUUUAGCUCUAGGGGAAGGUGAUGCCACCCUUUAAAUGCAAUAAAGCACCGCCCUUUGGGGCUUGGUCCCUUCUUUUAAUUC